UUCUAUCUGUGUGCUGCAUGUGUGAGUUUCCGGUUUUCUGUGCUGUUUGGUCGUGCCUGCUCGUUCUGGUCUUCCUGGCCUGCGUGUUUUUUGGAACCACUUGUUAAAGCUCCCAGACUUCAGUCAGACUUGGCAGACUCCGUCAUGUUUGUCACUUACUUCCUACUGCUGAGCAGUCUUGGUCUUGUCAUUACAACUCAAGCUCAAGACUGCUCCAAACCUGCAGGAGGAGACAACAUGGGUUUGAAGGGCGAUGACAUUCUUUUACAAACAUUCCCAGAGGGGAAGAAAGUGACUUUUGCCUGCGAUGUUGGCUAUGUGACUGCAGGAGGGUCUCCAUCCAUUACUUGUACUGCUGGCAACUGGACUCCUCUGAAGCUGAAAUGCGAGAGGAGGAACUGUGGCAAUGCUGGAGAAGUGGACAAUGGAAAUGUCGAUUACCCUGAAGGGACAGAGUUUGGUGAUAAACUAGUGGUCACUUGCAACACCGGCUUCCAUAUGGUCCCCAAGAAAGGUCAAAUCCUUUGUGGAGCCCAAGGGUGGAUGGACAGGUUGCCUGAAUGUGAAGUGGUGACUUGUGAUCCGCCAACUGAGGUAGCGAAUGCUGUUUUCAGUCCAGUCAAAGAAUCCUAUGACUAUAGAGAAGUUGUACAGUACAGAUGUCAAAAUGGUUAUACAAGUUCAAUAUCAUGUUCAGAUCAUGGAACAUUUGUUCCUGCUCCAACAUGUUUCCUGGUUCGUUGUGAGGAUCCUAAUAUAGCCAAUGGUCAACAGGUUGAUGGUUCUCGACCCCCUCAUGGAUACAGGUCUACGGUGACAUAUGAGUGCAUAUCUGGGUAUGUUAUGGAAGGAGGACGCACCCUGACAUGUGGAGUAGAUAGUCAGUGGUUACCUGGACUUCCAACAUGUCAAAGGAGGGACUGUGGCUCUGCUGGAGAAGUGGACAACGGAAAUGUCGAUUACCCUGAAGGGACACGGUUUGGUGAUAAACUAGUGGUCACUUGCAACACCGGCUUCAAUAUAGUCCCCAACAAAGGUCAAAUCCUUUGUGGAGCCCAAGGGUGGAUGGACAGGUUACCUACAUGUGAAGUGGUGACUUGUGAUCCGCCACCUGCAGUAGCGAAGGGUGUUUUCAGUCCAGUCAAAGAAUCCUAUGACUAUAGAGAAGUUGUACAGUACAAAUGUCAAAGUGAUUAUACACUUAAUGGAUCAAGUUCAAUAUCAUGUUCAGAACAUGGAACAUUUGGUCCUGCUCCAACAUGUGUCAUUGUUCGAUGUGAGGAUCCUAAUAUAGCCAAUGGUCAACAGGUUGAUGGUUCUCGACCCCCUCAUGGAUACAGGUCUACGGUGACAUAUGAGUGCAAAUCUGGGUAUGUUAUAGAAGGAGGACGCACCCUGACAUGUGGAAUAGAUAGUCAGUGGUUACCUGGACUUCCAACAUGUCAAAGGAGGGACUGUGGCUCUGCUGGAGAAGUGGAAAACGGAAAUGUCGAUUACCCUGAAGGGACACGGUUUGGUGAUAAACUAGUGGUCACUUGCAACACCGGCUUCAAAAUGGUCCCCAACAAAGGUCAAAUCAUUUGUGGAGCCCAAGGGUGGAUGGACAGGUUACCUACAUGUGAAGUGGUUCGAUGUGAGGAUCCUAAUAUAGCCAAUGGUUACCAGGUUAAUGGUUCUCGACCCCCUCAUGGAUACAAUUCUACGGUGACAUAUGAGUGCAUAUCUGGGUAUGUUAUGGAAGGAAGACGCACCCUGACAUGUGGAAUAGAUGGUCAGUGGUUACCUGGACUUCCAACAUGUCAAAGGAAGAACUGUGGCUCUGCUGGAGAUGUGGACAACGGAAAUGUCGAUUACCCUGAAGGGACACGGUUUGGUGAUAAACUAGUGGUCACUUGCAACACCGGCUUCAAAAUGGUCCCCAUCAAUAAAGGUCAAAUCUUUUGUGGAUCCAAAGGAUGGAUAGACAGGUUGCCUGUAUGUGAAGUGGUGACUUGUGAUCCGCCACCUGCGGUAGCAAAUGGUGUUUUCAGUCAAGUCAAAGAAUCCUAUGACUAUAGAGAAGUUGUACAGUACAAAUGUCAAAAUGAUUAUACACUUAAUGGAUCAAGUUCAGUAUCAUGUUCGGAAUAUGGAACAUUUGGUCCUUCUCCAACAUGUGUCAUGGUUCAAUGUGAGGAUCCUAAUAUAGCCAAUGGUGAACAGGUUGAUGGUUCUCGACCCCCUCAUGGAUACAGGUCUACGGUGACAUACAAGUGCAAAUCUGGGUAUGUUAUGGAAGGAGGACGCACCCUGACAUGUGGAAUAGAUAGUCAGUGGUCACCUGGACUUCCAACAUGUCAAAGGAGGGACUGUGGCUCUGCUGGAGAAGUGGACAACGGAAAUGUUGAUUACCCUGAAGGGACACAGUUUGGUGAUAGACUAGUGGUCACUUGCAAGACCGGCUUCAAUAUGGUCCCCAACAAAGGUCAAAUCCUUUGUGCAGCCCAAGGGUGGAUGGACAGGUUGCCUGAAUGUGAAGUGGUGACUUGUGAUCCGCCACCUGUGGUAGCGAAUGGUGUUUUCAGUCCAGUCAAAGAAUCCUAUGACUAUAGAGAAGUUGUACAGUACAAAUGUCAAAAUGAUUAUACACUUUCUGGUUCAAGUUCAAUAUCAUGUUCAGAACAUGGAACAUUUGGUCCUUCUCCAACAUGUGUCAUGGUUCGAUGUGAGGAUCCUAAUAUAGCCAAUGGUGAACAGGUUGAUGGUUCUCGACCCCCUCAUGGAUUCAGGUCUACGGUGACAUACAAGUGCAAAUCUGGGUAUGUUAUGGAAGGAGGACGCACACUGACAUGUGGAAUAGAUAGUCAGUGGUUACCUGGACUUCCAACAUGUCAAAGAGUAACACCCCCACCUAAACCCACCACCACCACCACCACCACCACCACCACAACAGAUUCUCCCCCAGAGACACCAGACAAUAACAGACAGACGUUGGCUAUAGGCUUGGGUGUAACUGUUGUUGCCCUCGUUGCUAUCGUUUCUGGAGCCCUGGUAUACAAGCACAAAAAAAGCUCCGGGAAAGGUUCUCCUGACAAUGUGGCUCCAAAAGAGAGAGAGGAUGUAGAACUCCCGUUACAAGGAUAGACUGCCAAGCACAGCUGAACUCAUUUAUGCCAAAUAAAUGGAUGUAAGUAAAAAGGGCUGGUUGAGAAGAGGACUUCUUUGACUGACCUGUGCUGUCCCUGUGCAGGCUCAGGGAAAUCAUCACCCCCCCCCCCGAACAACAGUCUUAAGCUCAAUCCUUAGCUCGUGCUUCAAGCGGCUCCUCCAAUAAAUCGACAAUAUUUCCA